AUCGUUCUGACGGCUGAUCGAAAGCUGGAGAUCCAACUGACAAUAGUAUCAUCUGACCAACAUCAUGCAGUCAUUCCAACGACAAGUCGCCCGGACGACGGGCAGAUCGCUCCCUCUGGCAAACCGUAAUGCAGGUUCGACAAUCUCUCGUCGAUGCAUCUCACAGCAGACCGGACAGGGCGCUCGAGAUCGAGCUGCUGUAGGGCCUUUUACAUGGCGAGCAGGAGCCCUGUUCACGGUGACUGGUGUCGGCCUCUACUUUUACUUUGAGAGCGAAAAGGCGAAAGUUCAAGAGCGUAAACGACAAGAGACGAUGACCAAAUCCGUCGGCAAACCCAACAUCGGCGGACCUUUCAACCUGAUCACACAGGAUGGGAAGCCAUUCUCGAGCGAUGAGCUGUUGGGGAAAUGGAGCUUGAUAUACUUCGGAUUCACCAACUGUCCUGAUAUCUGUCCGGAAAUGCUGGAUUCGCUGAGCGAAGUCACCGUCAAAACGGAUCAACUCCUCGGAAAAGAAUUCAUCCAACCCGUCUUCAUAUCCUGUGACCCCGCACGAGACACGGUAGCCCAGGUCAAGCGUUACGUAUCAGAAUUCCACCCUAGGAUGAUCGGUUUGACGGGACCGUUCGAGGCUGUCAAACAGGCUUGUAAGGCCUACCGAGUAUACUUUUCCACGCCGCCGGAUGCCAAGCCCACCGAGGACUAUUUGGUAGAUCACAGCAUCUUCUUCUACCUGAUGGACUCGGAUGGCCAGUUUGUGGAUGCGUUUGGCAAGAACUCGACAUCGCCAGAGAUCACCGCCAAGGUCAUGGAUCAUGUGGAAAAGUGGAAGGCGGCCGGUCGAUCCGUCUAGUCGGAAAGACGAAACGAGAUGCGAUCGAAGAGGCCGCGCAUGGGCAACACGGCAGAAUACAACCCUCAUGACAGUCCUCAUCACUUGUACACAUGGAAACACAUACUCAUCACCGUUGAAGUCGAAACCUUGGCACCGCGUCGACCCAGCCCAUGAACAGAUGCUGAGAGCGAUAUGUUAUGUGCGGGAAGGCACAUUUGUGGGA